AAAGAGGUCGCGUUGUUACUCGACAUUGUCUCGAUUUGAUUCAAAGUUGCAAAAGUUAUAAGACGCAUAUAUAAAAAAUUCUCGUUGGAUUUGCUAAAAUGGAUCUUAAUAGUCCCGGAUAUGUAACAAGUAGUGAUGAGUACAGCAAUGACGAAGACGAUUUAAUGGAUGGGGCUACAAGUCUGCAAAAUACUUCAAAUUCUGAGGCACACACUGAGUCAAUUAAUAACAAAAAAAAAUGUCACGCAAAAAAAAUGGACGAUGCCAGAAAGUGUUUUGAAUCGCAGAAAAAAGGAAGCUUUUGCCUUGUCAUAAAGCCAUUGCAAUCGCCUGAAAUUAAAAGUAGUAGUUUAUCACUGUUUCCAAAUGAGGUUAAUGACCCGAAGAACAAAAUCAGAUUCAAUGAUAAAGAAGCAAAACUUCAGCAUUUCGUAGAGGAAGUAUUGAAUGGAAAUGAUUCAGAUAAUAUGAAGACAUUGCAAUCGCCUGAAAUUAAAAGUAGUAGUUUAUCACUGUUUCCAAAUGAGGUUAAUGACCCGAAGAACAAAAUCAGAUUCAAUGAUAAAGAAGCAAAACUUCAGCAUUUCGUAGAGGAAGUAUUGAAUGGAAAUGAUUCUUCAGAGAAGAACACAAUCAGAUUAAAUGAUAAAGAAGCAGUAGUUGAUCUUUCAGAAGAUUCAGAGAAUAUGAAGCAUAGUGACAUUGUUAUUAGUAGCGUUAUAAGUUUAGAAAAUGGGAACGCUUCUAUUAUCAAAACAUCAAAAAUCAAAGAAAAGGUGGAGGAUAUAACCAAUCAUGAGGUUAUGCAGCCAGCACAAAGUAAUGAUAUUAAAUUAGACGAUAUAAAAUCAAAAAGUGGUGACAUAAAAAUGAACAACAUAGAAUCAAAAAUAUCACAUAACCACAGCGUUUCAAAUGAUAAUGUGCAAGGUUCUAAAAAGCGUUUACGAUCCAUUUCGCCACCAUCUAAUGGACAUUCAAAUGAAGAUAAAAACAUUAACUCACAAGAUAAAUUCUAUAGUGAAAUUGACGAAAUGUUUGCAAAAAACGAUCAGACACUUAAAACUUAUAUAAAUUAUAUAUAUUCAAACGGCGAAAAUGUCGAUGGCCAUAUAAGGCGUUUAGCUACCGAGAUAGAUACAGUAAAUGAAUUAAUUGAGACAAGAAAAAAUGAAAUUGAGAGACUAUUUUACUUCAAACAACUUAAGGAAGGAUAUAUGUAUCUAUAUGAAAGAGAAAAACAAAAAAAUUUAAUGCAAGAAAAAUCUCAAAAUACAAAAUCUGGUGCUUCAAACACAAGCUCUGCUGAAGAAGCAAAGUCCACAUCAACGAAAGAUUCAGUUGAAUGUGUUGCAAACAUGGGAACAGUUGAAUUGGAAAAGGAACGACCUAACACCAGUGGGUUGUACAGUAAACUUCAAUCGGAAAAUAUAUUGGAUAGGGCUCAAAAUGCAAACUAUAGUAACGCAAGUGCUAAAGUUAAAAAUAUUCCAAAUUUGUUGAGAAUUCCAAAAUAUUUUGAAAAUCAACAGUAUUUAGAAUUGCGACCAAAACCAAAUGUGGGACGACAGGGACCUUUUCGCCUAAUUGAUAACUAUCGAAACCAGAAUCUGAACAAACCACAACCUGAAAAGAAAUUUAAGUAUCACGAUUUUCCCGAUAGUAUGCCAACACAUAAUAAGUCAUAUAAUGAAGACUAUUUGGCAAAUUUUUCGUACAACUUAAAUAGAAACUUAGGCAUAUGUAAAAGUCAAUCAGGAAUCAAUCAGGAUUAUCAAAACAAUUACCGAAUGCAAAUUUCUCACUAUGAGUCGGAAAAUGUGUCUAUGUCAAACAAUAUUCCAUACUUCCCAAGACGUUAUAAUAAUAUUCGUUCGCACACGAAUACUGCACCACGGCUUUCAGGAAAUGAAAUGAAUAAUGAUAAUGAUGUGUGCCAUGAAUGUAAGUCCACAAUUUUUGUUGGUGACGGAUGUCGAAAGCAGGUGUAUUGCAGUAGGGAAUGUCGGCUUAAAGCGUGGGACAGGUAUUUCUAGAUUUGUGGUGUUUGAUUACAACAGCUAAAUCAUCAAAUUUAUCCACAUUUAUCUAAAGUAAAAUUAUAAACAAUCUUUGAU